GAGAAAGUGUGAGUGAUUCCGACCAGCAGCAGCAGCCAGCAGUGGAUACAAAAUGAAGAGCUACUAGGCGACUUGUCGACUAUCGACGACGAUGACGACCGUGUGGUCGUUCAGUAGACGGAUUCGAGUCGGGCGCAGCUAUUCAAACGGGAACACGCCGCCGUGGGUCUUCCGAGCUGUGGGGAAAAAGUGUGUUGCAAGGGAAAAAAUUGCUAACUGGGAUCAAAAUGGUUAAGGGUGAGAAUGGAUGUGGGUGAUUGGCUGGGAUUUUCCGUGCAAAAAUAUGAUUCUUUAAUUUGUGCCAUAGAAGAACCGUCAACGGGUGAGUGAUAAAUGUUUUAUUAGAGGAAUUGAAAUGCUGAUUGCAAAAUGGAUUCCGAGGGAUGCAGCGGAAUUUCCAUCGUCAUCGAUGAAGAAACGAGAGAUGUGCAAAAAAGUAAACCCGCUAGUGAAUAGUUGAGGAGUGAAAAUAUCCAGAACGGACAACCAAAUUGAAAAAUUCCGUUCGUGAACGGAUAAGCACGAGCAAAUAAUGUAACUAAAGGAAAGCAACAUAUGGAAUGGAAACUAGUUCACCAAAAUUUACCAGCAACAACUACGAUAACGAAUCGCCCAUCAAGCUGUGGGUGGUAAUCGGUGUGAAAGAAGCACACGGAAAGUCGUAGCAUCGUGAUCAUACCAGGAUAAGAGUGAAAUUAUGGUCUAACUGAAUUGAAGCCAUUCUAUUGCUGAUUAGAGAAGCUUCUGGCGAGCAUUUGGUUACCAAAAAACUGCAACGAGAAACCUUCCAUCCCGAAAUUAACCGCCACCAUGAUGAUGAUGGACAUCCUCCGGUGGCUACCGGCAGCGUGCGGAAGUAUUGGCCCGGCUUUAAUACCUCCAGCCCACAUCGCAGUGUUGUGGUACUUCUGGCAAAACUAUUCCCGGUACGUUGACAAACGGUUUUGCUCGUGCUCCUGCUGGGAUACGGUGUUCAAAGGAACGUACGAAUCUGGAAUAGCGUCGUACAAGCAUAUGUACUUCAACGCAACGCAGAAUACGAUGAAGAUGUGGUUGCUGAUCGUGGUCGGAGUCAUCGCACUGUACGAAUGUACUAAAUAUCUGAUGCAACUCAUGCUUCAGAGCCGGGUUCGCUACACGAUGAUCAUACUGUUCAUGCUGUCCAUCUUUUCGCACUAUUACGCCUGGUGGGCGUAUCUUAAUUACUAUAAUGAUGAGUACUAUAAUCAGUGGAACCAUCAGCUGUUUUUCACGAUUACCGAGCUCAUAUCAACCAGUUUUGUGCUGCAUUUGGCUAAUGUGGAAAACGUUGUGACGUCACGUAAAACUUUGGCGAUAGUAGGAAUCGCCAUUUUGCACAUAUUGGCCAGCGGAGUGGACCAAUUCAUAUCAAAUGUGUUCCGCGGCGAAGGAUAUCCUCAUCAGGUGGUUCGUGACCUGGGCUUCAUGAUACCGGACGUCAUGCACCUGAUGCUUCCGCUGUGGCUGCUGCGGCAAACGCGUAAGGAGAGCUUCAGCACGAGACCAUUCUACCGGGACCGGAACCUCCGGAGGGACGUGGUCCUCAUGUUCUUCAUGGUAGCAGUAUUAUUUACCAUAUGCACGUUCCUGUGAGUGCGGCCCUCGAACGAAGUUUCAGAGCCUCAAUCGAACUUUAUUUCCAGUACAUAGUGAUCUAAUCCUGAAUUCUUCCAAAGUUGUGUAAAUCAUUACGGUUACGAGAAGUGAGAGGAACUUGUGUGACAUGAAAACGUCCUUCCUGCUCAAAAAGAUACCAUCACAACGUUUUUAACUAACGAUAAAGGCACACCAAACACCAGACGUCUCCAAAUUUAGCUUCUAUGCAAGACUGUUAAGUAUUAGAAAAUGCUAUUUGGUUAUUUGACAGAUAAUAACGGAAUACAUUUAUUGUUGUAAGUAAGUAAAAGUAGAUGAAGUAAUUUAUUUAGAUUAAAAACGGAAACUAAAAAACUGAAUCGAACUGAGAAGGAUUGCUUUGGUACUGCAUUUUAUUUCAAUAUGCGGAGCACUUUUCCCGUACACUGAGUUAUUCUGCAUUGCAUAAAUCUUGUUAAAGAAAUUUAAUAGUAGUUCCAUAUCGGCUAGACUGCUUGGCCAUAGAACCGAGAAACAGAUUUACUAUUGCAGAUCAAAUUAAUUGAAUUAGGACAAAUGUACCAUAGAAUGGAAUUUUGUUUUCUGUGGUAGUAAAAUCAUGUUAGGUUGUAUUAGAACCAACUUGCACGGGAGUUCAGGAAUCUCAAAUUAUUUCACCCGAUGGCAACGGGGCGUCGACCAGAAUCGUGUCGCGCAAUUCUUCUAAAAUGCGAUGAGAAAUUCUUCAUAAGACAUUUUCUGAAAUUCAGAAAAUAAUCGUUCUAAAUUUCCACAAGAAAUUCUUUCCAAUUAUCACAAGAAAUUCUUUUGAGCUUUUACGAAAAAAUCCUCGAGCUGGCUCUACCAGGCUUCAUAUUAUCUACAAAAAUGGAUCAAACAAAAAUUGUUAUUAAGCUUUGGUUUUACUCUUAGCUUUUCCUGAUCAUAAGAUAAUUUAGUACUAUUCUACCAAGCUCCACUACUCGAAUGUAACUUCUCAUGCAUAUUUUGAAAUCAACAUGUUCUAUUUAGUGUUUUGUAUGUACUGGAAUCGGGGCCCUCCUUAGCCGUGCGGUAAGACGCGCGGCUACAAAGCAAGACCAUGCUGAGGGUGGCUGGGUUCGAUUCCCGGUGCCGGUCUAGACAAUUUUCGUAUUGGAAAUUGUCUCGACUUCCCUGGACAUAAAAGUAUCAUCGUGCUAGCCUCUUGAUAUACGAAUGCAAAAAUGGUAACCAGGCUUAGUAACCUCGCAGUUAAUAACUGUGGAAGUGCUUAAUGAACACUAAGCUGUGAGGCGGCUCUGUCCCAGUGUGGGGAUGUAAUGCCAAUAAGAAGAAGAAGAAGAAGUACUGGAAUCGACUCCAAGUUGAAUACAAAACACUUAAGCUUUUCUGUUAAUGAUGAAUGAGUAUCAAUCUAGAAGUGGAAUUAGAUGGAAUAGUACUGACUAGCCUUAUAGACAGUUGAUAUAAUAUUAAUACUCUAAGAAUAGUUGGUAAUACUUGGAUUGAAAGAACCUUAAUCUAUAAUUGGUUUCGCUCUGCAUAUUGGAGGUUUGAAAGCAAUCCUCACUAUUCCAUACCAAAGAGAUUAAUACCAAAAUAGUGAACUUCCAGUUUCAUCUCAGUCUACCAUUUCCGCUCCAUGUCGUAAUAGUUGUAGCAUUAGGUUAAAAAUUCAAACGAGUCCUAAAUGAAACAAAUCCGUAGUGGCAAAAACAUAUCUUUGUAUGCUACUUAUAAGAGAAUGCAUAUGUCUAAAAAGUUGUGGAAAAACUGGCCGCAGUUACAGCUUUGCUAUUUUGCCAGUUUUGCCCUAGCGAACAAAAAAAAAUCAAACGAGCAAAAUCAUCUUGCCCUAGAUUUUUCCCAUAUCAAAGCGGCAACAGAAGACAAGGUUUUCCUUUUUCUAUGAAACUCAAUCGAGUAUCUGUGUGUGUCUGUGUAUCUUCAAUCUAACCCCCACUGUCCGGCAGUGGUAUUAUGGAAGAAAGCUGUCUUUAAUAAAGUCAGCUUUAGCCCGGGAGUUAGAAGGUGUUAGCUCUACUGCAGCUCCAGUGACCCAUUUCAGACUGCCUGGUAACUCACGUCCAGUCCGAGGUCACUUUCACUUGCAAUAAGCCCCGCCUGUUUAUGCUACCAUUAUCAAUUGGAUAAUGGAUCCAUAAACAAACUUCCGGAUUUUUAAAUCCAGCGCGUAUUUAGUUUUUGAAUCAUAUUGAAACAUAUUGAAACAAUCUCACCAAAUGGAUCCAAUUCCGUACAAAUUAAUAACUGAGGAAGAGCAGAUUACAACGAGUGUCCACGAAUAAACCACUACUCUUCCAGCGCUAUUCCGACUUCCGAGCAAUUCUUUAUUGAUCCAUAUUUUCCUGGUAUUUUCACAAAUUCAUACAUGUUUUCACCAAAUUCAUCCCCGUAUUCAAACUACACAAACGAUUUCGCGCACUCAAAUAAGAAUACACUUGAGAAAAAGUCACCAAACUCGUAAAUCUCAAACUUCAGAUAACUUAAACUUUUUUCUUCUAGUACAUAUGCAAAAAAUACACAUCAGCCGAAUCUUUUUCUUGCGGAAACGAACAAAAACCGUGACAGCAAAUUUAAAAGCAACCAUCCGCGCGCAUAGCUUGCUACGAUCUUCUAUGAAACUCAAUCGAGUAGAGCCAUAAAUCUGUUACAAGCUAAAAUGUAUUGAAAUAUUGACUAACAUGCGUAAAACUAAUUGAGAAGUAGUAAUAGAUAACCUAUCUAAGUUGUAGCUUCUUCCCUAAGCCGAACACACUUUAGGACACAACAAAACCAACAACAAGUAUCUAGAAGAGUAGACAAUAACGAAAUGCUAAUUGUAUAGAUGAAAUGCCAGAUCUGAUUAUACGAAAGAGUAGCAUAUGAUAUGUAGAAAAGAAAUCAAGUGACCAGCAUGAAUAGAUGAAUAAUGAAAUAAAAAUUAAUUUAGCGGAGCGAAACGCCCCGUUAAACAAAUUGACUUAUUAGCCAUGAUUGUAUGUUGAUAGGUUUUAGAGCCACAAGUUGUUGAUCUUUCCGCAAGCUACCCUGAGAGAGAAACGAAACUAUGAGAUACAUAUAAAAAAACAAGCGAAAAGUGAUGUGUCAUUAGAGUUGUAAAGUUAAACCCCCGCAAAAGAGAUACCGUUUAGUAGAGAUUUGAAUAUGAGACUAUGAUUAGGAAGCUGGCUCCGGAAUCGCCGAUUCGGAGCUGCUAGGAUAAUAAAUAAGAAAUCAAAGCCAAGAAAAUGAAAUCCAGUUAAACAAUACCCACCAUCAUUCGAUUCUAAGUUACAAUUAUGUUUUCACUUAAUUCUCAAAUUUAGUUUUGUUUAAGGAUUUAUACGAAUUGAUUAAGAAUAAAUAUGAACUGAAUA